CUGUGGUUCACAUAGUCGCGCGUCGCGUAGAGUAGGUAAUUCUGUAGUGGGAUAUAUUAAUUCUGUGGUGAAUAAGGAAAACAACGCAUCCAAUUCGUUUGACUCAGUGCUUAAUAAUGGUUAUUUGCGUGCGGAUUUUCUUUAUUGUCGUCAAAUCCUUGUCGAUUGACAUUUGAUAGUCAAUUAACUGUUAACUGUGAUUCACGCAUGUGAAAGUUGCUGCGAAGUCCUCAUCGAGUGCAAAAAUGUGACGACGACUUCUCAAACGGUGUGCGCAUUGAACAAUGUUACAUCAAUUUAAAUAAUGAGUUGUUUGCACCUGACUUGAAGUAAGUCGACCUCAACGCGUCGCCAGUCGAGUCACAAAUCAUCUUGUUGACACAACAGCGCCAGGCUGAAAAUUGGUGUUUGAAUUCUAGUAUCAACUUCGGCGCCGCUGUUGACAAAAAUAUGUUCGCAUGAACGGAGUACAUGGCAGUUGAUAAAGUGUUCAGAAAAAUGCGAUCGCGCGUGGUCUUAUGUACUUCUCUGACUGCUAGCGCAUUUCUAAGAAAUGUUUAUAGCCUUCGCAGUGCCGCAAACAUUUAGAUAAGCGACUGCGCCGCACGAUGAUUAUCGCGAAACUAUGGUUGUUGGUGCUAAUCGUGUUUGCGGCAUCCCAGGACGACUACGAUGGUCCACCAAUCCUGCCUGAUUCCAUUGAGAAAACGCGCGAUGCUCGAAGUGGAUGUCUGUGUCGCGUCUACGAGGUGGAGCAAUAUGUCACCUGUUUCGAUACAAAACGAUGUGUGAAUUAUCCACGAGACCUCAACGUAACGAUGCCGAUGCUGCGUUUGUCCAGUACAAACAUACAAAUAUUGCGAGAAAACGACCUCGCCCAACAUCAGCGAUUGCUUAGCUUCAAUAUGGAAAUGAAUGAUAACUUCUUCCGCAUUGAGCCAGGUGCUUUCAACAACAUGUCCAACAUAAUAAACGUCACAAUUUCGUAUAACAAGAAUCUGAUGUACCUUGAAAAGUACGCGUUCCAGGGCUUAGUGAAUUUAACAAGUUUGACUUUGGAGAAAAAUGGAUUUCAUACUCUGAAAGAUUUUACGUAUUCUAUUACGUACGGUGUGUUACCAGCCCUAAAGUUUUUAACUAUUGCGUCCAUGCCAUUCGAAAACAUAACCGGAGACGAUUUUAUUCUGGAGAACAUGACCCUGACAAAUUUCUACUUCACGACCUGCCAAAUAAAAUCGGUGAAUGCCACGCCUCUAGCCCAACUUAAAUAUCUAGAAGUGUUUGAUUUGUCAGAAAACAUAAUGGAUCAAAACAAUUUGGUGAAUUUGUUAGAGGUGAUGCUGAAUGCGAGCAUACCCCUCCGCGACCUACGCCUGGGUAAUAUGGGCUUUAAUGAACUCCCGUAUGGCGUGCUGAAUGUGAUUGCCAGUAGUAAUGUUACGGACUUGUGUUUAACAAAAAACCGUUUUGAAGUGAUUCAAAAGUUUCCAAAUAUGCCGAACCUUGAACGCUUGAUUAUCGAGCAUUCCGUCGCCUUGAACGUGACGUCAAACGCGUUCGACAACCUGCCGAAAUUAAAAUACCUUCAUUUGAGUGGAAAUCGUUUCAGCGAUAUACCCAACGCAAUCCUUUUGCCCAGUAUUGAGUAUCUUGAUAUCUCCCGUGCCGAAAAGUACUUCUCGUUGGAAGGCACCAGUUUCCUAAACAUGACGAAUCUUAAAUACUUAAAUUUAUCGGGUAACAAUAUCCGAAAACUUAGUUCUUCCUCUUUCAAAGGUUUAUCCAAGUUAGAAGUCCUAAUAUUACAAGAUACAUCAAUAUUUUUUGCAAAUAGUUCGGCGUUUUAUCCUUUACAAAAUUUACGUCAUUUAGAUUUGCAAGGAAAUCCCUUUCCGACACGUGACGUUCAACGUGGUCUGUUUAAUGGUUUGGAGAAUUUGGAGUAUCUUAACCUAGCGGAAUGCCAAUUUGAGAACAUAUCUCGGUUUGCACAUGUUUUUGUUAAUUUGACAAAGCUCAAAACAUUACAAUUGGAGAAAAAUCAAAUUACCUGUUUGCAGCCAAACAUUUUAAGUCCUCUUCAAAAUUUGGAAUCAGUAAAUUUGUCUAGUAAUGAUUUAAUGGCGUGGGAUGAACGAGUAUUCAUAAACAAUCCAAAACUGAAGUAUUUAAAUUUAAACAAUAAUAAGAUUAAAGAUUUGUCUCUUGCAAUGCUGCAAGACUUCAACCAGUUGGAGCAGAUCGACUUAAAUAACAAUCCGUUUAUGUGCAAGUGUCCGGAUAUUAAUAUAUUAUAUGAUGUUUUCACGAAGAAAUCAUACCGAAAUAUUGUGGUUUUGCUAGAGCGAGAAAAUGUAACAUGUGGUUACCCUAAAAUAUGGAGCAAUCGUAAAAUUGUCGAUUUCUUAUUGCAAAUCGGAGACGACGAAGGGUGUAGACAACAUUUAGCAUUUGUUGCGCCAGUGGCGGCUAUCGCCGUAAUUUUGGCAGUAGUGGGCAUCUUUGCCUACAUCUACCGAUGGCACAUCGAAUACUGGAUUUUCCUUACCAAGUUGUACUUAUCACGUUCUGGACGCGUUGUCUACAACCGCAGCAGCAAGAUACCAAUACAGUACGAGUACGACGCGUUUGUCUCUUACAGCAACGAAGAUCAAGCCUUCGUCAUGAAGCUGGUCAAUGCUUUGGAAAAAGACGAACCUUUCUACAAACUGUGUGUAUAUGAGCGGGACUUUCAGAUUGGCACUGUCAUUUCAGAAACGGUACUUGAGAGUGUUGCAAGAAGCCGGAAAACGCUCCUCAUUGUCAGCGAAGCGUACAUUAAAUCUACAUGGUGCCGGUGGGAGGUACAAGUGGCAGAGAACAAAAGACUGUUCUGGGAGAAUGAAAACGGCGAGUGCGCGAACGAUUCCCUAGUCAUCAUUAAGUUGGGCGAAAUUUCGACCAAACAUUUAAGUCCGAUGUUAAAAUAUUUAAUGAAGACGCGCGUUUAUUUGGAGUGGGAAAGUGAUCCCCGCAAACAACGAAUGUUUUGGUGUAAAUUGCGCAAUAGUUUGCCAAUAGCAGUAGCUUUUACUGACAGACAGAUUCAGACUGCAUACAACCACAGUACAAUGUUGUUCGUAUAGUGAAACUUAUGAAGCUUUAAAUGUGUAAUGAUAACUUUUUUUUUAAAUGUUUGGUGAAUAAAAUUUAACCAUGUCUAUAGUGUCAUUACCACCACCGUGGGAAAUUGUGUGGCUAUUAUCUGAUUUUACUCAAUUUACGCAUUUAUGUUGCAAUAAAUGUUUGUGUACAUUUUGUUGCCGUUGACAUAGAUAUUUAAAUUUCUGUGUGUUAAUUAUGAGCAAUACUUAAUGUUUAAUAUGGUCAUUCAAAGUAAAUAUAAAAAUUGCAAUGUAAAUUAGAUGUAGACAAAUAAAAAUUAAUAGUAA